AUGAAUGACUUGAAUUCAGGACCUCGGAGUCGGAUCUUAGACAUUAACGUCCUACCGCUAGGCCAACACAUGCACACGGAUGAUGUCGGAAACAACAACAACUUGGAUACGUUAAUCAAAGCAAACUUCCUUCCUUAUGGAAGAGAUUAUGUCACCCAUGCCCCUACUGGAAGGUUCUGCAACGGCAAGCUCGCCACUGACUUCACUGCUGAGUACUUGGGCUUCAGCUCGUAUCCGCCGGCGUACCUCAGCCAUGAAGCCACAGGGAAUAAGGUCCUCACCGGCGUCAACUUCGCGUCGGCUGCUUCCGGCUACUAUGACAGAACAGCCCAGCUAUAUAGGGCUGUAACAUUGACGCGGCAGCUGCAAAACUACAAGGAGUGGCAGAGCAAGGUGGUGAACAUGGUGGGAAGGAGCAAAGCCGACGACAUAUUCUCAGGCGGAAUCCACCUCCUGAGCGCAGGGAGCAGUGAUUUCAUACAGAAUUACUACAUCAAUCCCUUCCUCAACAGACUCUACUCUCCCGACAACUUCUCCAACAUCCUGUUGAAAUCCUACUCUUCCUUCAUACAGAAUCUGUACAAACUCGGAGUGCGAAGAAUCGGAGUCACGAGUCUACCACCGGCGGGAUGCCUGCCGGCGGCAAUAACCUUAUUCGGGGGAGGAGGCAAUGAGUGCGUGGCGAGGCUCAACAACGACGCCGUUGCCUUUAACCACAAAUUGAACUCCACCUCUCAGAAUCUCAAGGCCAGCUUGCCUGGCCUCAAACUCGUGGUCUUCGACAUCUACCAGCCUCUGCUAGACUUGAUUUCCAACCCCAGCGACGCUGGAUUCCUUGAAGCGAGGAGAGCAUGUUGUGGAACAGGUACGGUUGAAACAUCGAUUCUGUGCAACGCAGGAUCGAUGGGGACAUGCUCGAACGCGACGCAGUAUGUGUUCUGGGAUGGGUUUCACCCCUCCCAAGCAGCUAAUGAGAAAUUGGCACAGGCUCUUCUGGAACAGGGAUUUGACCUUAUAUCUUAAUUACUACCUACCAUAACUCUGUUUUCAUAGUUUGGUUAUCAACAAGAAUGUGAUAUUAAUUCCACUUGUGUAUUCCUCAAAAAAAAAAAAAAAAAAAAAAAAAAAAAAAAAAAUUCCACUUGUGUAUGUAUGUGUUGCUAGCCUCCUCAAUAAGAUGAUAUAUGUUUG